GUCUUGAUGUCCCACUUGGUUAUCCAUUUAGUAGUGAGUUCGUGUUGUGGAAGUGUUCCUCUUCCAAAAAUCCGCCCAUUCUAGAGCAUGGGCAAUCAAGUGAUUUAUAAUUAGUGGCUAGCUUUCGCGAAAAAUUAAACCGGUGAAAUGAUUCGGCCAGCUUCAUUGAUCCGCGACGACGAGGACCGUCUUCCGCAGUUCCAAGCCAACGCAAGCAACAUAAGAGAGGAUUCCAUCGAUUGCGGCAUCAAGGCGUGCAACUGCUGUAAUGGGCCAGGAUGUCAGCGACUAGGAACAACCACUUCGUACUUGGUGAUUUUAUCGCUGAUAGGAUUCGUUCAGGGUGGGGUCGAGGCUUACUUUAGGAUUGCUGCCCAUCAAGCUGCCAGCGAGCACAAUUUAGAUCCUUUCAUCAUAGAUUGGCUACUGGUGACCAACGGAAUAGCUCAGGGUGUAUUUGCCCUUCUGGUUGCCUACUGGGGCAAUCGAGUGCAUCGUAUCUCGUGGUUAGGAGGAAUUCUUAUGCUGCAAGCCGUUGGACUGGUGCUGCUCAUCAUACCAACGCUGACUCACAACUCAGAUGACUCACAGACUAUUGUCGCCUCGCAAGUGAAUAACGUUUGCGUCCUGGAACAGUCGGCUCAACUGCAAAUGGAACAUGCUCACGCCAUUACCACCCUUGUGCUAAUGUUUAUUGCACAGGCCGUCAUCGGAAUUGCCAAUAUAGCCUUCUAUUGUUUGGGUAUGAGCUACAUGGAUGACAAUCUGAGGGAACACCAAAGUCCUGCCUAUAUUGGAUGCGCACUGGGUGCUCGCAUUUGGGGUCAACAGUUUGGCCUGGCGAUCGUACUGGCCGUUGGUGCCACAACGCUGAGUUGGUGGCUCGGUUGGGUCAUCAUCGGACCCAUCGUCUUCGUACUUGGCUUCCUGAUUUCUCUCUUUCCGAAGCGACUACUUUCUACUCUGGUCCGGCAGGCAGCGGAUGACAUCAUUGAAACAGCCACCAACAACAGCACGCAAUCGUUACCUGAGCACAAAUGGUUGGCCGACAUAAGUUUUGCACCUUCACUGAAACGUGUUUUUACCAACGGUAUUCUGAUCUUCAACGUGUUGGCACUCGUCUUCGUGCAGACCGGUAUCAUCAAUUUCAGUGCGCACGAACAAAAUUACCUUCAAUCACGGUUCUUUCUACCUACAUCGAAUGUCAACGGAUUGAACGAUGAGUGGACGUCCAGAUUGAUUACAAAUUUACUGCGACCACCAGUUGUUGCCUUGGCCAUUGUGGUGGCCGGAUUGAUCAUUUCCAAAUCGAAUCCUAGUCCUAGAAAAAUUGCUGCCUGGAAUAUCUUUGUUGGUAUAAUCGCCGUCGGGCUAUUUGUCGCAUUUAUUUUUCUCUCAUGCGACAACGAACGGAUCGCCGGUGCCUAUCGAGGCAGAUUGACAAAGCCAUUCUGUGCGUCUAACUGUAUCUGCCCGGAGAAUGUCCCAUUUUCUCCGGUUUGUCCCCAGGACAGCGUAUUCACAUACUUUUCUCCGUGUCACGCGGGCUGCCAGAAUCGAACCGAAAUCAACGAUGUGACUGUUUACACGCAUUGCUCCUGUGGAAUAGAUACGGAGCUGGUACUCAUAGAAGGUGGAAUCGCAACUGAAGGAUCUUGUGGAAUGGGCGACUGCCAGAAAUAUUGGAUUAUCUUUCAGGUGCUGAGUGUGGUUGUUUCUGCACUGUUAGCUUCCGCAUUGAUCGGUAAAUUGAUCAUUUCGAUUCGUACGGUUCUACCUCAGGAUAAGGCACUGGCACUCUCGGUAGAGAUGACCCUAGUUGGGUUGGUUGCCUAUCUUCCCGGAACAGCUGCCUAUCAGGCUAUCGCUUUAAAUGCCUGUCAGUUUUGGUCUUCCGACCAGCGAAGAUGUUUUAUUCAUGAAAAUCCAUUUUUCGGAACUACAUUAAACAUUCUCACCGCUUCGUUAAUUGCGAUUGGUGUGCUUUUCGAGAUCUUGGUAUUCUACUUCGUUCGGGAUCUGGCUCUAUACGGUAACGAUCCAGAUGAUGCCUACAGCCCCGUUGAGAUGCGCCUCAUGUCGCAACAAGCACGCACAAGUUCCCGACAAACUACCUCUCCCGAAACGGCAGCGCAACCGUACGCUUUCUAUCAAGCACCAGAUGCUCAACGAGAAUCGGACCCAGCUGCUCAAUCCAACAGUCUAAUGCAAGCGUCAACCAUUCCAGCACAAGAUUCACCCGUCUUACGAACUAUUCAAAAUACGCAAGAUAAUUACCCCACAAUGCACCGAUCGGUGUCGCCCAUUGCUGGACCAUCUACUAAUUCUUACGCUCAAGUGAUUCGACAACUGCCAACACGAAAGGCUUCCAGUGAUUUGGAGGACAAUUUGGACUAUCGAUCGGCUAGCAGUUUUCCACAGAACAAGACGGAUGACGACGACGAUGAUGAUACGGAUUUCGAAGAUGAUCGGUUACAGAAAUCUAACGGACCGUUGCCAAAUUUAAGGGACUACUCAGGCACGAACCUAACAACAUUUGGCGCAGCCAAUGGAUCAAGGAAUUUGGAAUCCCCUCAGCCCAGUGUGAUUAGUAGUCCCGAUGGAAUAGGAUUUCCACGCACGAAGAACAGAUACGGACGACCGAUGAGCCCGGAAACCGAUUUCUAACUUGUCUUGUGCUAAUUAUUAGUAGGUAUUAGUGGCGUAUAAGUUCAUAAUUAAAAUAUACUUUUAAAACCAGAUAAAUUAUUGUUUGCUGGCGGACAGUGCAGCAAGCGUA